CUGCUCAUCUGCGCCUGCGCACCUCGUACAGCUGCGGGCAACAACAGACUGAACGAACUGCCCUUUCAUUCCAAGAUGGCGGACUUACUAGGUUCAAUCUUAAACUCGAUGGAAAAGCCUCCAACUGUCGGCGACCAGGAAAGCCGACGAAAGGCUCGAGAGCAAGCAGCAAGACUUAAGAAGAUGGAGGAACAUGAGAAGAGAAAGAAGGCUGAGUUCAGGAAAAAGAUGGAAAAAGAGGUUUCAGAUUUCAUCCAAGAUAGCACACAACAGAAAAGAAAAUACAACCCCAUGGGGAAGAUUGAAAGAAGUAUAUUGCACGAUGUUGCAGAGGUGGCUGGUUUGACUUCUUUCUCUUUCGGAGAGGAUGAGGAGAGCCGUUAUGUCAUGCUUUUUAAGAAGGAGUUUGCUCCGUCAGAUGAGGAGCUGGAGGCCUACCGCAAAGGAGAGGAGUGGGAUCCCAAGCUGGCAGAGCAAAGGCGAAGACUAAAAGAACAGGCUGCAUUAGAAGAAACAGAAUCCAAUCAGACAAAGAAGGCAGAGGCGUGUCCCAACUCAAACUACAGAGACAAGUACAGUCACCUGAUCGGCACCUCGGCUGCUAAAGACGCAGCGCACACACUAGAGGCCAACCAGGCCUAUGGCUGUGUGCCAGUCGCAAACAAGAGGGACACUCGCUCCAUAGAAGAAGCCUUGAACGCAAUCAGAGCAAAGAAACGUCAGAAGCUAGAGGAUGACACAGGAGCUCACAGCAGCAGCUCCUGAGUGUGCACCUUUUUGCCCACUGUCUACUGUUGAGUGUGUGUGUGUGUGUGUGUGUGUUUGUACGGGUGCAUAUGUGCGCCUGUCUACGCCAUCCUAAUAAUGCAAUAUCCGAUCGUUCAGACAUUUAAGAGUAUAACUUAUAAUGACAGGUGUUAAACGUUGGAUGAAGGCUACUCUGACUUGGACUUUGUUGAAAUGAUGGAUGCUCAGGUGUGUCUGAUUCAGGAGGUGGAUCAUUAUACAUGUUUAACGUUUUAUCAUGAUGCUUAGGUCUUUGUAAAGCCUUUUACAUACAUGAUCAGACCCUAUACGCUUUGAGAAAUUUGUUUUGGGUUAAAAAAGAAAAAUAAACUGUGCAGUUUAUGCUCAGCAAUUCAAAAACACCCGUUACCCUCAUACGUCGUUUUUAAAGAAACUUUUUUUUUUGGUAGGUUUAUUGCAGAUUUACAGUUUUAGGCUGGUUUUAAACAUUAAAAAUGUAAGUAAUUUUGAGCGUCGGAUUCAUUUUGGAAGCAAUAUUUUAGACAAAUGCAUGGGUGUAAAGUUUCAUAUAACAAGCUCAGUUUUUAAAAGGGAUCAGGAAUGAUGUUUGUUGUUCAGUUCAUGGUUUGCCUCUUUUUCUGAGGCUCACUUUGUUUCAGAAUCAUUGUAAGGUAUAGAGCAUGUAAUUUCCCUCACUGCAAGAGAAAAAUCAUGUCAUAUGGAUCAUAGGAAUGUUUGUCUGACUGUGAUUACAAGUAUUUUUGCCAAUUUACAUUGUGUUAUUAUUAAGCCUGCCAUGUGUUGGUUUAAAAUUGGCAUUAUGGUAGACUCAUACAGACAUUUGUGACCUGCCUAUUGUUUGUGAUAUCUUCAGUAAGUUUAGGCAUCUUGAUGUCUAUUUUAACAUGGUUGCACUGUUUUAUCCUUGAUGUGUGUUAAUUAAAGGAGAUUUCUCUGUAUGUUACCCACUGUACAAAAAUCAAAUCUUUGUUUUUCA